UGCUCUUUCUCUCUCUCUCUUCUGUCUCCCUUCCUUUCUCUGCUGAAUCUUCAGUAUGUCGUCAUCUUCUUCUUCUUCACCGUUCCAGAUUGCAGUCUUUCUGCUGCUCUGCUGCUUGCUCGAGCCUUACAGUUGUGGGUACUCGACGAUAGUGCCGGAGUCGCUCACCCCCACUUUAGUGGACACUCCCCAGACGGGCUUGUCCAUGAACAUGGACGACGGCGCCCACACAGACCGGCAGGAGCAGGCGGCGGUCUACGAGGUGAUGAAGGCCACCGGCAACGGCUGGGCCACCAGCAUCCCGGACAUCUGCAAGGGCCGCUGGCACGGCAUCGAGUGCAUGCCCGACGAGAACCGCGUCUUCCACGUCGUCUCCCUCGCCUUCGGCGCCCUCUCCGACGACACCGCCUUCCCCACCUGCGAUCCCUCCUCCUCCUUCAUCUCACCCUCCAUCGCCAAGCUCCCCUACAUCCGGCGCCUCUUCUUCUACCAGUGCUGCAACGGGAACCCCCAGCCCAUCCCCGCCUUCCUCGGCCAACUCGCCGGCUCCCUCGAGUCCCUUGUCCUGAGGGAGAACGGCCACGUUGGUGCCAUCCCCCACGAGCUCGGCAACCUCACGCAGCUCAGGGUCCUCGACCUUCAUGGCAACAACUUGGCCGGCGACGCCGCCCUCCCCGCGUCCCUCGGCAACCUCCGCCGGCUCGGGCUCCUCGACCUCAGCCGCAACAGGCUCGCCGGAAAGAUACCCGCCAGUGUUGGCGAAUUAAAGGGGCUCAACGUCUUGGACCUGAACCAGAACCUUCUUCAGGGCCCCAUCCCCGACAGCAUCGGCGACUGCACCUCCCUCCUCAAAGUCGACCUGAGCAGGAAUCGGCUCGCCGGCCCGAUCCCCAGCUCCCUCGGAAAAUUAACGAGCCUCUUGCUUCUGGACUUGAGCUACAACUCCUUGUCUGCUCCAAUUCCGGCGUCCCUCGGUGGUUUGAAGUCCUUGGAGACGUUAGUGCUGAAGGGGAACUUCAUGGAAGGCGCCGUCAUCCCGGAGAGCGUCGGCCGAAUGAGGAGCUUGAUGGUCUUGGUGCUAACCAACAUGGGACUCAAGGGUCCGAUACCGGACGGACUCGGCCAGCUGACCAGGCUCCGGGUGCUGCACUUGGACCGGAACUGGCUCAACGGCUCGAUUCCGGCGAGCUUAAGAGCUCUGGAAAACUUGAGCGAACUGAGAGUGAACGAUAAUCAAUUAACUGGUGCGGUGCCCUUCGCGAAGGAGAUGUUAUGGAGGAUGGGGAGGAAGAUCCACUUGCAGAACAACUCCGGCCUCUGCUACUUAAAUGGCGACUGGAGUGGAGAUGAUCAGAACGACAUGAGCUCUUCCUUCCUCCCCGGAAUCAGCAGCUGCGAGUUCCGAAAAACAGAGCACCUCUUGUUCCAUGAGCUUCCAUCUUCCUCUUACUCUUCCUCGCCCCAGCUUCCACCAUCUCCAAUCCCUUCUUCUUCUUCGCCCCCUCCUUCCAUGACUGCAGCGUCGGUAGUGUGGAUGUUGGUAGUCUGCGAGAUGCUUUUCUCUUUUCAUUUCUUGUAGCUGUCUUGUCACCGCAACAGAUAAAUUAAUAUAUGUAUAACUUUAUUUUUGAUCUUC